GCGGAACAUGUGUAUAUUUUGUCGUGCAACACUGACUGAAGUGGAGUUUGGUUGCAACAUUUCAUGAAUUUAUCUGUUGCCUGCACAGCGUUUGACUGUGAAACUUAACAACAUAGAAACGUUCUCGUUUGUAGUACUCCAGGAAAGGGUAGAAAAAUGAACAAAGAAGAGAUCCUUGAACAGUUUAUCAGAUGUCAGCAGGAGAGUCCCCAGAUGUCAGCAGCCGUGGCAGCCAUACAUGUCCUCAUGCUGUUCCUCAAACAGAACACAGCUGGAACACUAGCAGAGCUGAGAGACAACUUGAAGGAGGCCAUCAAGACUCUGACCAAGAGUGACACGUCCAUCACAUCCGUGUCUUCAGGCUGUGAGCUGUUCCUCAGAUUCAUCACUCUCACAGCGCUGGACCAUCCCGAUUUCCAAGUGUACAAACAAGUCUUGCUGGACCGAGGAGAGCUGUUCUUGAAGAAAAUCUCCAACUCCAGACAGAAGAUCGCCAAGCUGGGUCAUCCUUUUGUCACAGAUGGAGCUACCAUCCUGGUCCACUCCGACUCCAGAGUUGUGCUGGAGGUGUUGAAGAAAGCUGCCUCAGCUAACAAGAGGUUCACAGUCUAUGUCACAGAGUCUCAACCUGACAGAUCAGGUUUGAAGAUGCACAACAAGCUGGUGGAGGCAGGAAUCCCCAGCACUGUUAUCCUGGAUGCUGCCAUGGCCUACAUCAUGGAGAAGGUGGACCUGGUCAUGGUGGGGGCGGAGGGAGUGGUGGAGAGUGGGGGGAUCAUUAACAAGAUUGGGACUUACCAAAUGGCCCUAUGUGCCAAGAACGCCAACAAGCCGUUGUACGUGGUGGCAGAAAGCUUCAAGUUUGUCCGACUGUACCCACUCAACCAACAGGACCUGCCUGAUGAUUUUAAAUACAGAUACUCUACACUCAGCUCUAACACAGACCUGGGGAAGGAGCACCCCUCGGUAGACUACACCCCUCCCAGCCUCAUCACCCUCCUCUUCACAGACCUUGGGAUCCUCACACCCUCAGCUGUCAGCGAUGAACUCAUCAAACUGUACUGCUGACAUAGAUAAACUUGGCUGGGAGAGGCCACAUGCAACAGCACUUUUGUUGUUGGUGGUGUUGGUUUGUUUCUUUGUAUCAUAUCUGUUUGUUGAAAUUUUUUGGGUUUCUUGAAGCCAGAUAUCAUGGCCUCUGUAAAAUCAGUGGUCAUAAUGGUUCUGAAAAAAAAAAACGUAUUUCAACCUUUCAAGUGAUACAUGUGCUCAGUUUAACCAAUGCUACUUGCUGGAAGCUAAUGUGUAGCCUUGGUUAAAAGACAUAAUUUUUGCAGAAAUCAAAAAUGGAUAGCGCGCAGAGAUGAUACCUUGAAGUAUUGUCUCAAUUAGAAAAUCUCUUUUUCUUAUUAUUUGACCUCUGCUUCCCCUUGAUUGAGUAGGUGAUAGGGCAUCUUGUCCCUGUCAUGAUUCCAUCAACAUUUCUCAGAAGCAAGUGGUACAAAGUAGAAAUGGACAAAAAAAACUGUCUAGAAAUCAUGGUGUUCUUUCAGUUCAGACGACAAAUGAGAGGUGAUGACGCACAUCAAAAUUAGCCUUAAUGCCUUUGCUACCAUUGAUAAUCCCUCGGGCAGAUUGUUAUCCAGAGUGAGCUCAUCUUGUUGCACUUUAACUAGAUUGAAAAUGAAGAGGGAGGUUAAGUAUAGAAUGACCCAAAUAAUGUGCACUCCACCAUCAUAAACUUUAAUGUUCAAGUCAAUAUAGCUACAUUUCAAGUGAGCGGACUGAUACUUGUUGUUAUUCUUAUGGAGAGGGUUAGUUGAAUGUAAUAAUAAGGUGAAAACUGCUUGACCUAGUUCUAAAAUAAGAAUAUGUAUGAAUUGAUAGUUCUUGACUUAAAAUAUCUCUGCAGUA